UGCACCGGUUCAUGAAGUUCUUCGUUCUUCGAAAAAGAACAGACGUUUCCGUGCCGCCGGCCAAGAAGAGUGGAAAUCUAUAUCGGAACGUUUAACUCAUAGAAUUUUAACGAUAGACCAAGGAAUUUAGACCACUCAUUAUAUUCUUUAUCACACUACCGAUUAUUGUAUCUGUACAACAAUGUAUAGCAAUAGUGAUAAUGAGGUUCUCUUCUGUCCGUACAACAAGUUACAUCGGAUACCUAGUUCGAGAUUUCAACGACACCUCGUGAAAUGCGAAAAGAAUUUUCCACCCGAUUACAAGGUUAUCUGCCCGUACAAUGCAACUCAUCGUUUGAGUAAAGACGAGAUUCAGGAACAUAUCCAAACGUGUCCUAUGAGAAUAACUGUCGAAGGGAGUUAUAUUCGGCCUUCAGGUUCUCGUAGGACUGGAUCAGGACAAAAUGGUUCUACAAGCGAAAGUGAUUACAAUAGUUAUUGGGGAAGUGAAGAUAUGUAAGAACGAUCUAAAAUUCUCUUAAGAUCCACAGUAAUAAAUCAAAUCCACAAAUUGAUCAGAGAAAAUAUGAAACUACUUAUUAACAAACUGUGUCAGUCAGCACAAGGUUAAAUGGGGCAGGACAAUGUCUAGCUAUAUUGAAUUUCUUUAUGACAUGAAACACGAAAUCUAAAAUAUGGAUACAAAUGGGACGAUCACAGAUAUCAAGAAAGGUUUUUUUCUUUCUCGAGGUGAGAAGACUAUAAUAUAAAUAAUUUUUAUAAGUAGUUUUUUGAAUCAAUAAAUGACAGAUUUUUUUGUA